AUGUUGGAAGGGAAAGGGCCUGGGCGGGUCACGUGGGCGGAAGGAGCAGUCGGAGCAGGCGCAGUCUCGCCCCCCCUCCGCCAGCUGGAGGCGGCCGGGGCGGUGGGGCAGCGGGAGGCGGGCCGAGACGAGAGGGGCGGGGAUAGGCGCGAGGGGUCGGGGCGGAGUCGUGUCAGCCUGGCCGCCGGCUCUUCCCGCUCCCCGCUCCCCGCUCCCCGCUCCCCGCUCCCCGCUCCCCGGGCCGCGCCUGCGCCGCCCCCGGCCGCCCCCGCGCUCCCGGCCGCCAUGGGCAGCUUCUCGGCAGCCGACUACCUGGUGUUCGCCGCGCUGCUGCUCGCGUCGGCCGCCAUCGGCGUCUACUGCGCCCUGGCAGGCGGCGGCGCGCGCAGCUCCAAGGACUUCCUGACGGGCGGCCGCAGGAUGCGCGCCGUGCCCGUGGCGCUGUCGCUCACCGCCAGCUUCAUGUCGGCCGUCACCGUGCUGGGCACGCCCGCCGAGGUCUACCGCUUCGGCGCCGUCUUCAGCGUCUUCGCGCUCACCUACCUGCUGGUGGUGGUGGCGAGCGCCGAGGUCUUCCUCCCGGUCUUCUACAGACUGGGGGUCACCAGCACUUACGAGUAUUUAGAACUUCGGUUUAACAGAUACAUCCGCCUCUGUGGAACAGUCCUCUUUAUUGUUCAAACGAUUCUGUAUACUGGAAUUGUUAUCUAUGCCCCUGCACUGGCUUUGAAUCAAGUCACAGGAUUCGAUCGGUGGGGUGCGGUGGUGGCUACGGGCGUGGUCUGCACGUUCUACUGCGCGCUGGGUGGUCUCAAAGCAGUUGUCUGGACAGAUGUUUUUCAAGUGGGCGUCAUGGUGGCUGGAUUUGCAUCUGUGAUUAUACAGGCUUCGGUAGUUCAAGGGGGCAUCGACACAAUUUUAAGUGAUGCCUACAAUGGUGGCAGAUUAAACUUCUGGAAUUUUAACCCUAACCCUUUGCAAAGACACACGUUCUGGACGAUUAUUAUAGGAGGGACCUUCACGUGGACCAGCAUCUACGGAGUCAACCAGUCGCAAGUGCAGAGAUACAUUGCCUGUAAAAAUAGAUUCCAGGCAAAACUGUCUCUCUACGUCAAUCUUCUGGGACUCUGGACCAUCCUCACCUGUUCCGUGUUUUGUGGGCUUGCCCUGUACUCCAGGUACCAUGACUGUGACCCUUGGACAGCCAAGAAGGUGUCUGCGGAAGACCAGCUCAUGCCUUAUUUGGUACUGGACAUUUUGCAAGAUUAUCCCGGAGUUCCUGGGCUUUUUGUGGCCUGUGCUUACAGUGGAACCUUAAGCACAGUGUCCUCCAGUAUUAAUGCGCUGGCUGCAGUGACCGUGGAAGAUCUCAUCAGACCUUACUUCCGGUCGCUCUCAGAGAGGUCUCUCUUCUGGAUUUCCCAAGGAAUGAGUGUGCUGUACGGAGUCCUGUGCAUCGGGAUGGCUGCACUGGCCUCACUCAUGGGAGCUCUGCUACAGGCGGCACUCAGCAUAUUUGGCAUGAUCGGAGGACCUCUCCUGGGCUUGUUCUCUUUGGGCAUUUUGGUUCCUUUCGGCAACUCAGUUGGAGCGUUUGUCGGUCUGUUGGCUGGAUUUGUCAUAUCCUUAUGGAUUGGAAUUGGAGCUCAGCUGUACCCCCCACUUCCGGAGAGAACUAUGCCGUUACACCUGUCUACUUACGGCUGCAACAGCACAUACAAUGGGACCCAUGUGACGACAGCCACAGAAAUGCCAUUUUCUACGGGUACUUUUGACAUCCACAAUGUGGAAAGGACUCCACUGAUGAAUAACUGGUAUUCUUUAUCCUAUCUGUACUUCAGCACCAUUGGGACUUUGACCACAUUGUUUGUGGGAAUGCUUCUCAGUUUAUCAACAGGAGGAAGAAAACAGAACUUAGACCCCAGAUUCUUACUAACCAAAGAGGACUUUUUAUCUAAUUUUGAUAUUUUUAAGAAAAAGGACCAUGUUUUAAGCUACAAAUCUCACCUGGUGGAAAGCGGUGGAACUGAUAACCCUGCCUUCAGCCAUGUGGAAUUGAACUUCACAGAUCCAAGCGACAAGUUCAGCGGGACUCGCCUGUGAAGUAGCUCUGAUACUAGAAGAUUUUAAACCGUGCCUUGGUUUUACAUGUUUUCUAGAAUAAUGGGAUCAGAAUUAGAUUGAUUUUCUGUCUAACGUGAGUGUUUUGGGGGCUACAUUUUUGGUAAAGUCAAGUCCUGAUUUUCUUCCCUUUCCACAGUGAUUUAUCGUGGUACUCUGGAGUUGAGUCUGAACAUCAGCAUUUUCCUCUCUCUUUUUUUCCAGUGGAGCCGCAGUUCUGACUCUAUACAUGCUGAAGGGCUAACACACACAUAUACACAGGAUACUUGGCAGUCAAAGGCAUACUCUUAAAUUUGGGCAUUAUUGACAAUGUUUUCAAUGCCUUUGGUGUUAGCAUAAAACUUUCAGCAUUUGCCAAAAUCAAAAUCAAUGUUGAAAAGAGCUUUCUCUCUCCUACCACAUACUCUGUUCUUAGGGACCAGUGAAAUGACAGCCCUGGGUUGUGGGGGUUUUGCUUCUUAUCCUGGAUCGGCUCAUAGCGUGUAAUAAUAACCUUGGGAUGGAUUCUGGAGCAGGAAGGCGGAAAUCAGGAAACAGACACAAAUGAUAAGGCCCUUUGGUAUGGAUUCUUGUGCCUUUGGCUUGUUUUCUGAGGCUCCUGGCCUUACUUGCUUAUCUUACCUAAGACUACAGUUCUUAUGUACAUUCCUAGUUUCUGAACCACAGCUUGCCUUCCUGGUUUCCCGUUUCCUCUGUUGCCCUGGGCUCCGCUAUGCCUUGAUACACCCAGUGUACACCGCCACACAGGCCUGGUUCACCAGGUCCCAGCCUGUGAAUGAUAAACUCAUGAGCCCCGUACUGAUGAGUGGAUGCUGAUGUGGGUUCUUACAGAUUCGGUGACCCACGAACAUUGUGUUUUAAAAAAAAUGAUUAAGUUCAGGGUUGGCGGUGGAGCUCAGUGGUAGAGCACUUGCCUGCCGUGUACAGGGCCCUGGAUUCCAUCAUCCUCAGCACUGAACUUCAGAAAUUAAGUUUUAUGGAGUUAGCUGUUUUUACUCAAUGCUGUUGAGUUAAACACUGGAAUGUCAACUAAUUUGUGAUCAGUUAAAUUGAUUGAUGGUUCCUAUGUUUAGAAAUCUUGAAAUUUUAGUAUAUUCACAUAGUUAAGAGGCUAAAUUAAAUACUAGGUAGUACUAUAUUUUUAAUGUACCAGACUUACUAAAUAUCUGCUUUGUUUGAUGCUUUAAAAUUUCAUAUAGCAGUCUCAAAGUUGCUUCAUUGUUUGUAUUACUAUGUUCCUAGCUAAGAGUUUAGUACAGGAUUUCAUCAAUAACUUAUUUUUUCAAUGACCACACUAGAUACUGUUUAAAAGCUUUUUAAAUUUUUAAAAAAGAUGAAAGAAAUAUUUAGAAAUAUAAAACAUACAAAUGUUUUGUAAUUCAGUAAUUUUGUGCAUAUUUUCUGAUCUAUUUUAUUUGGGAAACCAUGCUCUGUACAUAUAGAGGCAUUAAGAAAUAAAUAAAAUAAGAAGUAGCAUUUCUCUAGAGCAAGAGAUUUAUAUAGCAUUUAAAUUCACUAUAUAUUCAUGUAUUUCUUAUGUGUAUAAAUGCUCUUUUUGAUCAUUAUACUUGUAAGCAAACAUCACAUUUCGUGAAUCUUUCCACAAUAUAUUUUUUUUGGUACUGGGGAUCGAACUCAGGACCUUGCGCUUGCAAGGCAGGUAGUGCCACCACUGAGAUAAAUCCCUGGCUCCCACAAUGUUUUAAUGAGAUAUAAUCUUAUUUGUUUUAUGCUACUGUGAUUUGAACUACAGUUAUUUAUUUAAUAAUUCUAAGUGCAUUGUAGAGUGAUUCGAUUUUGGAAAUCAAAAUCAAGUUCUUUAACUUUUUCUCUUCACUGACUGCCUAGAAGUUAGGCAAUGUGUUUUUAACAAGAAAUAUAAUACUUUCAUUGGUGUUCAUUUUCCUUAAGACAAAAUACAUCUUUAUGACAAUUGAGACUAUCAGUGUUUUACAUUUACAAACAUGUAACAGUGCCGGGUAGAUUUCUUCACAAAGUGAUAUUGUUAUUAAUUAAAAAUAAUUUAUCUUAAUUUCUCAAUUUUGGGGUAAAAUAUUAUAAUGCAAAAUACAUAAGCUGCUUCUCAAUUAUUUUGAAUCACAGUAACUCAAUGGGAGAAAAAGUCACGAAAAUUGUCAAAUUUUUUUUUUGCCACUGAUGAGUUCUCUGCCUUUGAGUUGACACUUAACCUCCCCUACUGAUGGUACACAGCAUUAAGCUCUUGCCUACCCAACAAAAGUAAUGUGAGCAUAAAAGAUCAGAUUGAGCUCUUUGGCAGAAAACCACGGUAUUAACUAAAAAUAGCAUUACUAGGGCUGGGGAUUUAGCUCAGUGGUUCCGCCACCCGCCUCACAAGUGCAAGGACCCGAGUUCAAUCUCCAAUAUCAAAAAAAAAAAAAAAAAGCAUAACUAAUAUUUCCAUAAGAUUGAGAAUCAAAACCUGAGACCAAAUCCACUUUCCAACUUUUUAAAAGAUGAGCUGCUCAUAUGUUAUAAUAUAAUGAUGUAGAGUUAGAGCCUUCUCAAAAACUAUGUGCCAUAGAAAUAUUAAAUAUAUUUAGGAAUCAGCAGGAUUAUUCCAACUGAAUAAAUGUAAACUUUAAAGAAA